AUGACGUCGUUGGGCUGGAAGACGGAGGCCAGGCCCGUGGGCAGGGCCAGGGCGAGCCCCUCCUUGUGGGCCAGCGACAGGGCGCGGAUCAUGUACUUGUUCUUGCUGUUGAAGGGCAGGCUCGGCCACGGGGCCCAGGCGCUCGGAGAAGCGCAGGACGGCCUGGUCGGUGGCGUCGCCGUGGAUGGUCUGUUCCGCGAGGGGCAGGUGGCGCGUGGCUGCGUCAAACUGGCCGUCGUUGCAGAGGGCGGCCACGGCGCGCAGCUGGUCGAGGGCCGGGGCCCCGCGCUCAAACGCCAGCAGCUGGUCGACCAGGUCGGCGCCGGCGCUGUCGGCAUUCGUAUUUCGAGCGUCGACGUCGACGUCGUCGUCGCCAUCAAGAACAUCACCGUCCACGUCCGGCUCUGGGGACAACGAGCGCGUAUGGCGAUCGGCACGCUGCAGAACCAGAGCAUCGCGUGCUUCGUCGGUGGUCAUGGUCCGCUUGCCGCCAACGGCACACUCGGUGACGACCAUCUUGUUCUGGGUCAGGGUGCCAGUCUUGUCGGAGCAGAUAAUGGAGACGGAGCCGAGCGUCUCGACGGUGCGCAGCGACUUGCAGAGGAUGCGGUUCUUGCGCAUCAUGUUGGCACUGAUGGUCAUGCUGGCGGUGAGGGCGACGGGCAGGCCCUCGGGCACAAAGGCGACGGCGACGGAGACGGCGGACACGAUGAGGCCGGCGACGGUGAUCCACUCGGGGUGGUCCUUGCGCAGCCACGCGGCCCAGAUGAUGAUGACCAAGACGAUGACGGACACCAUGAUGGAGCAGACGAUGGCGACAAAGUUGAAGAUCUCGCGCUCCAGCGUCGUCAUGCCCGUCUUGGGCUCGUUGGUGAGGCGCGCAAUGCGGCCAAAGACGGUGCUGUCGCCCGUGGCCACGACGAUGCCGGUGCAGGUGCCGGAGACGCAGUGGGUGCCCUGCAGGCCGAUGCAGCGCGUCUCCAGGUAGUUGUCGUCGGUGGAGUGGACGGUGGCGGCCAGCGGCACGGACUCGCCCGUCAGGAUGGAGCGGUCAAACUUGGUGUCGGACGCGCCGGACGCGGUACCCGAGGACGACGACGACGACGACACGUCGACGAAGCGCACGUCGGCCGGCAGUUUGUUGCCGGCCUUGAUCAUCAGCACGUCGCCGGGCACGACCUGGUCGGCGGCGACGCUCGUGAUGCUGCCGUCGCGCAGCACCAGCGACGCGUCGGCGAGCAUGGUCUGGAUGGAGCUCAUGACGCGGGCGCUGGACCAGUCCUGCCACAUGUUGAAGAGGGCCUGGAUGGCAAAGAUGGCAGCGAGGACAAUGGCGAGGGCCAGGUUGGCGACGGCCGGGUUGGGAUUGCCGAGCGGCUUCCAGGCGAUGAAGACGAGGACGGAGGCGACGAGCAGCACGGGGCCGAAGCCCUUGAAGAAGUAGCCCAGGACCUGGCGCGUGCGGUGGGUGGGCGGCGGCGAGGGCACGUUCUUGCCGUACUGCGCGAGACGGCGGGUGACCUGGUCGGACGACAGGCCCGUCUUGAGCGAGGUCGACAGCUGCAUGGCGACCUCCUCGGCCGGGGUGGUGUGCCAGUGCAGGUCGGCCAGGUCGGCGACCGUCUUCUUCUCGCGCUUGUCCUUCUUGUCCUUCUUGUCCUUCUUGAGGGGCGCGCUCUGCUUCUGGGCGUACUCGUCGACGUCAAUGGACAGCGUGCGGUACUGGAUGGGCAGGGCGGCGGCGGCGUCGAUGGAGUUGCGGCGGGGGUGCGGCCGGAUGGACAGCGAGCCCGCGGAGCGCUCGCGGCGCAGGGCCGGGCGCGACGCGUUGUUGGGACGGUCAUCGACGAUGGUGAUGCCACCGCCGCCGCCAGUGACAGGAGUGCCCGACGUGCCUCCUAUACCAGCCUUGCCGGCCUCUUCAUCGACGGCAUCGCCCUCAAAGUAGAUGCGGUCGCCCGUCUUCUUGUUCGGGACUGCCAUUUUGAGUGUUUCGUCUUUCAGUGGUCUAGUACCUGA